AUGCUAACAAUCUGCGUCUGCUGUAAACGGAGCGGGCUGGCCUCACCUCGGGCUGGCCUCACCUCGGGCUGGCCUCACCUCGGGCCGGCCUCACCUCGGGCUGGCCUCACCUCGGGCCGGCCUCACCUCGGGCCGGCCUCACCUCGGGCCGGCCUCACCUCGGGCCGGUCUCACCUCGGGCCGGCCUCACCUCGGGCCGGCCUCACCUCGGGCCGGCCUCACCUCGGGCCGGCCUCACCUCGGGCCGGCCUCACCUCGGGCCGGCCUCACCUCGGGCCGGCCUCACCUCGGGCCGGCCUCACCUCGGGCCGGCCUCACCUCGGGCCGGCCUCACCUCGGGCCGGUCUCACCUCGGGCCGGCCUCACCUCGGGCCGGCCUCACCUCGGGCCGGCCUCACCUCGGGCCGGUCUCACCUCGGGCCGGCCUCACCUCGGGCCGGCCUUAGCUCGGACCGGACUGAUUAA